UGGAGCUUCGAGCAUAAGACGAAGAUCCGGUUCAUGAUCAAAGACUUCAAAGCUUCCAAAAAUGUCACAAAUCUGAUUUCUGAUGGAGGGGUGGACUCCACCUUCAUGGCCCUGCGCAUGUGUAUUUGGCCAGUUCAAUUAAAUGAGGAAAAGUGCAAACUGCCCCAAGAAAUCGGAAAUCUAGCGCAGGCGUACGAGACGUACUACAAAGCAGCCUACGAAUCUCACAAACUCACUUGGCACCACUUCUUAAGCAAAGGUGUGAUGAGGAUCAACUUUUUGGACAGGCCGUACGACGCCUCCAUGAACACCAUUCAAAUGGCCAUUUUGCUCCUUUUCCAAGACGCCGACUGCCUGUGCGUCAAGGAAAUUCAAGACUCUCUCUGCGUUUCUUACGGAACUCUGGUCUCCCAACUCGAUUGCCUGCUCGAAAGCGGCUUAAUCACUUGCGACACCGAGCUGGUGCUCGCAAAUAGCCUGAUCAGCUUGAAUUUUAAUUACAGCAACGAGCUGACGGAACUCAAAAUUCCGCAUCAUGUGAAAGGCCAGAAUUCUCCGAGAGAAGAAGAGGACAGAGUAGCAGAAAUCAUUAACUUGGACCGCAAAUAUUUCUUAGAGGCAGCAGUCGUCCGCGUCGUGAAAAGCUGCCCCCGGGUCAAUCACGGUGACCUUAUUGAAAAGGUGCGAGCCAUAGCGAAAGCGAGGUUUUCCAUCGAAAUUCCGAUCGUGAACAAGAUUAUUGAGAGAUUGAUUGAAAAGGAAUACAUUUCCAAGACGGAGGAUGGAUUAUAUGAAUACAUUUCAUAAAUUAAAAAAUAAAUAGGUUUCACAGAUGUUUG